AGUCCAUCCCAGCAGCAAAACGCAGUGGAGCAGACCAGAGCUGACACAAGAGGCCGGUUUUGAUCCAUUGGCAUCAUCAGCUAAGAGACAGCUGUGAACCAAUUGAACAAGCACCGCCCUGCUUAAGAGAUGAUGCGACCAGCCCUCCGGAGAGCAUGCCUGCAGCCUGCGGCGCGCACGCUCACAAGCCGAAGAGCGCUGGCGGGGCGCGCCUGGGACGGCCGCCAGUCCACGGACCCCUGGCGCCGGGCGCCGGCCGGCGCGACGCGCGCGACUGCGCCCGCGCCAACACCGGCCGCCGCGCGGCCGCCGAAGACGGCCGCCGCGCGCGCGGCCGCCGCGGCGACGUCGCAGCUCAACGCCUGGCGGUCGGCCGUCGACUGGCAGUCGGUGCAGGCGCAGUCCGCGCGCGAGGUGCUGAACUCGGUCGCCGAGCAGAGCCGCCAGCAGUGGCGCGCGGUGACGGCGUUCUUCGCGGCGCUCGCGCUGUCGGCGUACUUCUUCCGGCGCGACAUAAAGGAUACGGUCGCCGAGGAGGCGGCGGAGCUGGGGGCGCUGACCAUGUCGAACGAGGCGAUCAGGGGGGAGGUGCGAUCCAUCGGGCGCUACCUGGCGCACGAGCUCCUGCACGACCCCGCCGUCGGCGACGCGGCGGCGACGCUCGCGGCGGACGUCGUGCGGCGGCCCUCGACGCGCGACGCGUUUUUGGACCUCGUGGUGUGGACGGUCGGCCGCGACGCGACGCGCCACGCGGUGCGCGGCCAGCUCGGCGCCGUCGUCGGCGAUUUGUGUGACGACGAGCCGACGCGAGCGAAGUUCGGGACGUUGAUAGCGGCGGCGUUGCAGACGCCCGCGGCGCAAGAGGCGAUCGCGGUCGUCGGCGCGGACCUGAUAGGGAGGGACACGACGCAGGAGGCGACGGCAGCCCUCGCGCAGCGCCUUUUAGAUAGGGACGACGUGCGCGACGCCAUCGAGGACGCGCUCGUCGACGCCGCGCUCGGCGCGCUCGACGACGCCGAGCUGCGCGACGGCGCGCGCAAGGCCGCGUCCACGACGCUCGCGGACCGCAAGGUCCAGAAGAGCGCGGGCGACGCGCUCUGGAACGCCUACAAGUAUUCCAUCGGCCUCGGACCGCGCCGCGUGGCGACGCCGUCGUCCGACCCGGCGCCGCCGACGCGGCGGCGGCGGAGGCAGGAGGCCUCGCAGAAGCCCGCCGACCCGCCCGCCGCGGCGGCGCCGCCCCCGGCAGCCGAAUCCGGUCCGCCGGCCGCCGGGGCCGCGCCCGGGCCGCCGACGGCCGCGCGGCGCCAGUCGAAGUCCUGGCGCGAAACUGAACUCAUCCGACCACCGUCGAGGUGA